CUCGCAGAGAAACGUUAUUCCUCAUUUACUUUUCCGUAGUCACUUAGUAGAUACUUUAGCGUCGUUGCGGCAUUAUUCUGGAAAUGAGAAAUCAUCUGUCUUUGGUGCUUGUACUACUAGUAGUAACAACUUCACUAAAUCGUGGCGAAAAGAUCAAGAACGAGAGGAGAGCCGCAGGUUUGGUGCCAUAUCCUAGGGUAGGAAGAGCCCCGGCAAUGACUAAUUGCCCCAGCAUAAAACGUGCCGUGGGAGUAUUUCGUCGACCUUUGCAAGGACGAUCUGGUGCACCACCCAAUGUCAUUCGUGAAUUGGAACCCGAUGUAGACGCCGAUCCCGUAGGAGAGGUUGAUCCUGAUGUAGAACUUGAUAUUAUGAUGGAUACGGAGUAUCAAGGAGAGAAACCGAGAGUUUUGUUUUUCUCGCCGAUUCUUUCUAAACUCGCCAAUAGUGCGCUACGCAAUUUAUCAUAGAGAAAUAGGACAACAGCGGUUUUUUGUCUAGUGAUAAUUGGCAGUGUCCGAAUAUAAAAAAAAAAUGUAUAAAAGGAUGACUGAAAAAUUGCCCGAAAAAAAAGACGAACAGAAGAAUGAGUGUAAGACAUUGCGGAUUAUUAACAAGACAAGGAAUACAACUGAAGAAGGAGAACGAACAUCACUAUGAAGAUACCGAGAAGGUUAAUCUCCUACUGGAACGAAGCACAUAUAAUUUGUCUCUUGCUUGUAUUAAAUAUACAUACCUGGAUAAAUAAAUAUAAGUAAAUUCACAGCAA